AUCGUGGCUCUGGAGCAUCGUUGUUGUUGCUAUCAAUUGGCCUCCCCUGUGAUGGUCCAUAUUUCCAUCACCAUUUAAUCGAACACAAUGGCCGGCCUACAAACCCGAUCCGCCAUGUCUUUCCCCUCCUCGCUCUCUGCGGCCUUUCGCGGCCUUUCGUUAGCAUCCUCCAAACGUUCGUUCUCCACGACACCGGCCGCUCAGAAGACCAAGCAGCUGCCAGAUUAUAUCCCUGCCUACCCUCAUGGACCGAAUUACGUCUUCAAGCAGUCGAACUCUGGAUUGUACGGAGGUGCUAUGAUCCAGUUCGGAAACAAGAUCUCCCAGGGACGAAACGAAGGCAAGACCCGACGAUUCUGGAAGCCCAAUGUCCGACGGAAGAAGUUGUGGAGUGAAGCAUUGGGAGAACAUCUGUAUAUAAAAGUCACACGCAAGGCCCUGCGAACAAUCUGGAAGGCGGGUGGUCUCGACAACUACCUCCUGGACGACCGACCAGGACGUAUCAAGGAGAUUGGUAUCUUCGGGUGGGAACUGAGAUGGAAGAUCAUGCAAACCCCGAAAAUUCAGGAACAAUUCAAACAAGAAAGAAAACGCCUAGGACUCCCGGAGCCUCCUACUUUCGAGGAGUGGGUGAAGCAGAAGGAGGCACAGAUCAAGACGGACAUCGAGGCGCAUACCAACAUCAGGGACGCAACAAAACCUAUCUACAACGACAAACUGUACUAGAGAGCCACUCAUCAGGCCUACUCAGGCAAUCGAUUUAUUCCUGAAUACCGAUACGAAUCGGAUGGGCGUCUGUAUUAUUAUUCCGACGACGACGGUUGACGCGAUUUUCACUUGCAGCGUGGUUGAUCUCCUGGAGAACAUGGCGGAACAACAAAUACUUCUACAUGGUUGCGAUUGAUUUCUUUGGAUUUGCAUAAUUAAAGUAUUCGGUGUAUUUAUACUUUCAGUGUCACUUUUUGCCAGUCUUUGAUCUUAUUGUAAUCCAGCUCCAGCUGCUUCACUCUACUGCUCUUCUUCACACAUUUCUCCUUUCCAUCACCACGGCCUGUCUAGCACUCCAUAUCCAGAGCAAUGACAAAUCCUCAUCAGUUCAAUCAAUGUAAUGCUCUCCAACUGAGCGUUCUCGUACACCGGGACUACAAUUGAUCCGCCGUUCAUUUCCGG